ACCUUUUCAAACAUGUGGUGUGCUUUUUAAAAACAAACAAAUUUUUAAAUUUUUAUUAUAUCUGUAUGGCAAAAAGACUCAGUGUUUUAUUUUAGCAUAAAAUUGUAAAGAAGAAUUGGGAAAAAAUGUAUUAUCACAUAAAAAUGUCAUGGUUUGCGUUAAUGUUCUCUAAUAUUUUAAUGGAUUCUAAUCGAAUGGUUCAAAAAAUUUAAAGAGGCAGAAGAAGUUGGUUCAAUCUUAUCCAGGAAAAAAUGGAGAUCGAUGAUAGCGAUUUUAGUAUGUCCUGGUUGUCACCAGGCAUGGGGUUGGGCAACAGCGAAAGUGAUAAGGCAGACAAUUUCCUUACCAAAUUGGAGAAUACAGAGUCAUCUUUCCAAUUCACAUGUAUUUCAAAUAGCGAAUUCAACGCUAUAUAUAAGAAAGUCAAGAGAGAAAGGCAGAGAAAAAGGGAAGCACAGAAAUGGGAGAGCUUCUUGCAGAAACAGCAAGAAAAGGAGAGAAAAGAGAGCAACAAAGAUUUCAAGAAGGAAGCCAAAAGGGAUGCAUCUACAAUAACUGUUGACGUCAGUGCGAGACAGGAUGACCCUGUGAUUUACAAAGAGCCAAAAAUACCUCAGCUAAUUCAAGCCCCUGUUACAACUCUAGUUAAUGAGACCACAAUAGGAGAAGGCAUUCCGCCCGAGGCCGAACCAAAAGAAGCCUUUAUAGAUGUGAACACAGGAUCAAAAGUAAAACAGGAGAUUAUCCAGUUUGUUCAUGCGUCUUCGGACGGACUUGAAGAUGACACUCUGUUCAACUUUGAAAAGGAAAUUAAAAAAACUAAUAAACUGGGAAGGAAAUUGGACAGAAAGCACGCAAUGAAAAAAAUUGAUGGACUACAGACAAAAAUAAUAACAUCCCUCAAUGGUAUAGAAGAACUGUUGUCCAAAGAUCCUUUUGAAGAUGUUUCAAAAUGUGGUAUCGAUAUAAUAAAGAAUCAAAAAAGGAACAUUGCAUUUGCUGCAAGGUUCAAAAGAAACUACCAUUACCAUCUUGUCUGCCAGAUAAAUGAGAUUCAGAAGCUGAUGAAAAAUAAAACUAUAAGCAAAACAAAGCCGAAUGUCAUUAUCGAGAAAUUGUUGUCUUCCCAUCAAGUUAUUUUCCAAGCUUUACAAGUAAUAGAGAAACAUUUUAUUGGGACAUUUCUCAUAGAUGAGGCAUUUUCCUGGCUGAGAGAAUUUAUGGACUCAAUCUGUGAACUGUCGUCUCUCCUUUCAACUCAUGAAAGAGUCUUAGAUAAAUACAAUGAUGUUAGGAUCGCUUGUGACGAACUGGCAGCCACAGUCGAUGAUUUCUGUAUUAGAAUGACAGAAGUAAAGAUGUAUGAAAAAUUCAUAAACCAACCUUCUAAAAAAGACAAAUCAGCUGCGAAACAACAGGACAACCUUUGGAUGUACAGAAAUAGGUUUUCUUGUAACAAGAAAAUUAGGUUGAACAAGAAUUCGAUUAAGGCCUGACGGAUAUCUGAGCUGAACACUUCAAUAGCCUUAAUUUAAAUUUAUUGUGCUAAAUUAAAAACUAUUCAAAUACUUGA